CACACACACACACACACACACACACACACACACACACACACACACACUCAGAGCUGCCAAAAAUUUCCAACCUCCGCCCCCCUCCUGAGCUGACUUCCUUCCAGCGCUUCCUGAGCUGGACGAUCCUGGGAUUUGUAAGACAGGAAAAAAGGGACGGCGCGAGGGCGGGCGAGGGGACGGGAUGCUUGCUGUUCGCGGUCCCCCAGCGGUCUGAAGAGAGAACGCGGGCCUAGGGCGGAGCACACUCACAGCCCCGGGGCGGUCCCCUCGCCGCCGCGCCCCGGCCCCUGCUCCUCGCAAGGCUCAGCGGAGUAACGCCGGGGAGACUCCGCGGGAGCCCGAGGAGGGAGGUGACACCCGCCCGGGGCGGUGCACGACCCGAUCUGCUCUCCCAUGCCGACCUGCGGCGCGGCUCUGCCCCGGUGACCCGACCCCGAAACCCUCGUCAGCGGUGCGGAGCAGAGAGCGGAGACGGAGGGUCAGCCUCUGUGGGACUAACUCAUGAAGAACAAGGGUGCCAAGCAGAAGCUGAAACGAAAGGGAGCCGCCAGUGCGUUUGGAUGUGACCUGACAGAGUAUCUGGAGAGCUCGGGACAGGAUGUUCCAUAUGUGCUGAAGAGCUGUGCCGAAUUUAUAGAGACUCACGGCAUUGUGGAUGGAAUCUACCGUCUCUCGGGCGUCACCUCAAACAUCCAGCGGCUAAGGCAAGAGUUCGGCUCAGAUCAAUGUCCAGAUCUGACAAGGGAAGUGUACCUCCAAGACAUCCACUGUGUGGGCUCCCUGUGCAAGCUGUACUUCAGGGAGCUGCCCAACCCCCUCCUGACCUAUGAGCUCUAUGAGAAAUUCACGGAAGCAGUGUCUCAUUGCCCGGAAGAGGGCCAGCUGGCCCGAAUCCAGAAUGUUAUCCAGGAGCUCCCCCCGCCCCAUUAUAGGACCUUGGAAUACCUGAUCCGACACCUGGCCCACAUCGCCUCAUUCAGCAGCAAGACCAACAUGCACGCCAGGAACCUGGCCCUGGUGUGGGCCCCGAACCUCCUCAGGUGUAAAAAAAUCGAAGCCACUAUUUGCAACGGAGACGCAGCCUUUCUGGCAGUCCGGGUCCAGCAGGUGGUGAUUGAAUUCAUACUGAAUCAUGCGGACCAAAUCUUCAACAGUGGUGCUCCAGGGCCUCUGCAGCAGGAUGAAAACCGUGUCAUCACCAAAAGCCUGACCUUGCCAGCCCUGUCCCUGCCCAUGAAGUUGGUAAGCUUGGAGGAGGCUCAGGCCCGAAGCCUGGCGACAAACCACCCUGCUCGAAAGGAAAGACGAGAAAACAGCCUGCCUGAGAUCGUCCCUCCCAUGGGCACCCUCUUCCACACGGUCCUUGAGUUACCAGACAGCAAGAGAAAGCUUUCCAGUAAAUCAAAGAAAUGGAAAUCAAUAUUUCACCUGGGGCGUUCUGGGUCGGACUCGAAAUCCAAGCUGAGCAGAAAUGGGAGUGUGUUCGUGAGAGGGCAGAGGCUCUCAGUGGAAAAAGCUACUAUCCGACCAGCUAAAAGCAUGGACUCGCUGUGUUCAGUGCCUGUGGAAGGGAAAGAAAGCAAAGGAAAUUUCAAUCGAACGGUCACCACUGGUGGAUUUUUCAUUCCAGCCACAAAAAUGCACGCGGGCAGCGCCGGCAGCUCCUGCGACCUCAGCAAGGAGAGCGAAUGGGGUCAGGAGGGGAUGCCGGCUGGGGCUGAGGGGGGCUGUGAGGUGGGCGGUCAGAUCCGACCCCUGCCUGAGCAGCUGAAGGUGUUCCGCCCCAUCGGAGACCCUGAGAGCGAGCAGUCCGCCCCCAAGCUUCUGGGGAUGUUCUACACCUCCAGCGACAGUCCCGGCAAAUCCGUCUUCACCAGCAGUCUGUUCCAGAUGGAGCCCUCACCGCGCCACCAGCGAAAGGCGCUCAACAUCUCGGAGCCCUUCGCUGUGUCGGUGCCACUGCGCGUGUCCGCUGUCAUCAGUACCAACAGCACCCCGUGCAGAACACCCCCCAAAGAGCUGCAGUCUCUCUCCAGCCUGGAAGAGUUUUCUUUCCAAGGUUCAGAAAGUGGAGGAUGGCCAGAAGAAGAGAAGCCCCUGGGAGCUGAGUCUCUUCCAGCUUCUGUGGCUAAGAAGGCGGCUCCCGAGGACACCGUGCCAGAACCUGAAGCCCUGGGGACAGCAGAAGGUAGCCAAGGCCCUCCCCUCGACCCAGGUACCCAAGUGGAGAAGAAAACCUUGGAAAUAUCCCUGGGCUCUCAACUUUCAAGGGACCCAGAGAAGACGCCAAAUGCCGAGAAGGUGGUAGAGGAGAGCCAGGGGGCUGACCAGCUGAGGAACACUGCUCCACAAGAGGGCCUCAGGGCCAGGACGGAAGCGAUGCUUCUCCACGAGAUGGAUGAAGAUGACUUAGCUCACACCCUGAUCUGGCCUGAGAUUCAACAGGAACUGAAAAUCAUUGAAUCAGAGGAGGAGCUCUCCUCGUUGCCACCCCCUGAUCAGAAGAGAAGCCCCAUAACAGAGACAGAGCCAGCCCCAUUUCCCUUCCCAGAGGCCUCUGCGAGUUCGCCCUGUAGCUCUACACCUCUGCAAGUGUGGACGAGCGACUCAGCCAAUCAGAACACACAGGAGGCUGCCGUCCUCGCCAAUAGAGAGAAGCUGGAGCCGGUGGGCAGCAUCCCUGGGUCAGAGUCCAAGCAGGUGCUCAGCCCGGACCCAGCCGGUCUGGCACCUCUGCAAUUACUUCUGUUUGAGAAGGUGUCUUCUCCAGCUAGGACAGACACAGGAGGCCCAAGAAAUCUCUCUCCUCCACUUCCUCCUGCUCCUCCCCCUCCAACUCCUCUGGAGGAGGAGCCUCGAGUCUUGCUGUCAAAGGAAGGCCCUGACAGAGACAAAUCAUCCAUGGAUUCCAGGACAGAUGCCUACACCGAGCAGCCAAAACCCAGAGACAGUCCUGGCGUCACUAGCCUCUGUCAGAGAGAAGAGGCCGUUGCCAGCCUCAAGGAGAAGCAAAAUGCAAAGUGCGCAGUUCCCGAGAGCAAAGGCCCCGGUCUUCCGAGCCCAGCACAGGAGGUCGAAGUCUCCCCUCCAGAAGAGGGGGAUGCUCCCCACGCAGCACAGGAGCCUUCAGACUGUGAUGAAGAUGACACGGGGACAGACACAGCUCAGCACGGCCUGGAGAUGGUAGAACCGUGGGAGGAGCCCCAGUGGGUGACCAGCCCCCUUCACUCUCCCACCCUGAAAGAAGUGCAGGAGGCGCAGGUGCAGUGCGCCCAGGCCCACCGACUGGAGAGGAGACUUUGCCACAGGCCCAGCCUUCGCCAGAGCCGCUCUCUAGAUAGCAAAAGCACUGGUCAGAGUCACUGGACUCUCGAGAUUCCCUUCUCCAGCAGCUGUGCCGACCUUGAAACGGAGAGGAAUUAUGAGCCCCUGCAGCCCCCCGCGGCCAGGAAUAAGAUUGCUGGGUGGGAGGAAAAAGCCCUGAAAGCCUUCAGAGAGUUCUCUGGCCUGAAAGGGUUAGAGGCUCUUCCCAGCCAGAAGGGACAGUCUGGUGUACCACCCAAACCAGUGGAAACCAACUUCAGCAGUCUAGAAGAGGGAAAGGAGCAGGAACCAGAGCAAGGACUCAGCAACCCUCAGGUGGAACACAGCCACGUCCCCGGGCCUGAGAGCAGCACAGAGCGUUCACCUAGGGCUCCAGACAGCACCUCGCCUGGGGAGCACCCCCUAAAGCUACAGCAUAAGAGCACUGAGUGUGUGCCCUCCAAAGGGAAACACAGGCCUUCCUCCCUCAACUUGGACUCUGCCACGCCCAUGGCUGACCUCUUCCGACUUGAGAAUGGGGCUUCAUUUAGUUCACCUGGCAUAGAGCUCUCUGAACUAGGAGACGCCAAGGUCACCUGGGUGACCUCCUCUCACUGUCAAGCAGCCCCCUGGAAUCCCCAGGAAACUCAGGACCUGAACAUUGUUGCCCAUGCUCUGACAGGCCGUCGGAACUCAGCUCCUGUGAGUGUGUCAGCUGUAAGAACCUCCUUCAUGAUCAAAAUGUGUCAGGCCAAGGCUGUCCCUGUGAUCCCACCCAAGAUUCAGUACACGCAAAUCCCACAGCCCCUGCCCUCUCAGAACACAGGGGAAGGGGGGACUCAGCCUCUAGAGAGGAAGCAGGAAGAGCCUGUUUCAACCACUGAGACCCCUCAGAAACUCACCAAAGAUGAUUCUCCCUCCUCCCUGGAAAGCCCAGAGGAAGAGCAGCAACCAAAGCAAGAGACGGGAGCCUUUGCAUCCCAGAGGAAGGACAGCCCUGCAUCCUGUGCAUGCGAGGGAUCCUUUUGCUCUCCGGAACCAGGGGCCUCCAGUCUGCUCUCCACACAGGAUGCGAUGGUGCCAUGCAGGAAACGCACAUCAGAGACAGAACCAUCAGGGGAGAACCUUCUUUCUUCGAAACUGGAGCGAGCGUCUGCGGGUCCUAAGUCUUUCCACAGGUCAAGGCCGGGAAGACCUCAGAGCCUAAUCUUAUUCCCCAUCAUGGACCACCUACCCUCCUCCUCCGCAAUGAUAGAUCCCAAGGUCCUGCUGUCCCCCAUCAGAAGCCCCACACAGACAGUCUCCCCUGGCCUUCUCUGUGGAGAGUUGGCGGAAAACACGUGGGUCACAGCGGAAGGGGUUACGCUUAGGAAUAAGAUGACCAUCCCUAAGAAUGGCCAGAGACUAGAGACGUCAACAAGCUGUUUUUACCAGCCCCAGCGGAGAUCCGUGAUUCUGGAUGGAAGAAGUGGGAGGCAAAUAGAAUGAGACCAGUUGGCCUGAUGGUGUCUGCAAAAACGUCAGGUUCAUCUGGAGGUUAUUAUAGGACAAACUGGCCAUUUUUCCAGGCACAAGUUAUCUAAAUGGAGGCUUAUUUUGGCCUCUGACCACCCCCAUCUCCCACUUCCCCUGCCUCUCUCUUUGUCUUUGACCAUGCAUGAGUCCGUUUGCCAGAAGAAUGGUCAAGACAAGGACCAAAAAGUCCGAUCUAAGUAAGUCCACAGGAGCAAGUUGGUAAGGUUAGGCAAGGGAAGCGGAUGGAAUUCUUGCCUCCGGCGGAAACUGGGGCUCGUCUGUGAGUCACGGCAUUUCUCCAUCACCACUGUCUGAUACUGUUCAGAGCUGGCUGUGUUAGUAUCCCUUGAAAGAAAGAACAAUCCUUUGCCUGAGUCAGAAAAAUCUUCCUGUUGCCACAGAAGGCUUCUUCGUGCUUUCUUAGGCUCUUUACAGUGUGUUCUCUUAGACCAGUUUUCUGUAAGCUCUGUAAAAAUGUCUUACCCCCAAGUAGAAGCAGAUCUGAAAAUGCAAACUAACAUGCACUUAAGGUAUCCAGGUGGGGGAACUUUCUUGCGCUCUCUCCCUGGGAUUGCUGCAAACCUGUCCGAGGUGAUCCAUGAACCACAGAGAAAGUCACAAUCAGUACUCAAGAGCAGAGCCCCAGAUUGGCACCACCCACGAACGCUUCCUGGUGCUGGCUUCGCGACUCCUUCCACCUGCCCUGUGCUGAACUCCGAUGAACAAAUCCAGCAGUUAGGGGGACUGAGGACUGCAAGUCAUAUAGUGUGGGAAGGGAAAGUCAUACAGGUCUGCAGUCUGCUUUCUUACUAGUACCAGAAUCCAAGUGCCACAUGUCAUAGGGAGAAGCCUCAAAGAAAGGCACAACUUCAUAGGGACCUGAUGUGUUUAAAGUUGGCCAGGUAUUGGGGAGAAAAUUCUAGCUCAGCUUGACCAUUCAUCACUAAGCUGUCUGGGCCCGGCAUGACAGGAGAGGGGGCAAUGAGGGGCCCCAGCUGUGGCUGCCACUGACAUUCAUGGUCCUCAAAGGGGUGUUGCCUUUAGCCAGUGGCUCCCUUCCUUUCUCCUUCUCUCACUCAAGGGCAGAUUUGAGACACCUCUCUCUGUCUUAAUUCCCCCUUCACCAUCCACCUGAGCACUCAGACUUGCUCUUUGACAUUGUCUAGACACAAACAGAUGCAGUAAACCAAUCUGGUGCUUC